UGUUGUUUUUUUUAUUUAUCGCAUAAAACAACAAUUUUAAAGGAAAACAAAGUUUGUUUUUGUUGCAAUUAAUAGCCAUAAUGAAGGAAACGAAAAUGAAUACUCACUUGUCUGGCGGCAGAUUAAAUGUAGCAUUAUUACAAGAAACAAUGCGAAAAGAGUUAUUAAAUUUAUUACAACUCUGCGAAGGACCAAAAGUUACAAUAUGGGACGAAUGGUUGGCAGGUCCAGUUGGUUUGAUUGCACAGUACUUAUUACUAAAGGACCAUGAAGUAGUUGACAUGUUUCCAUUAAGACCAGGAAGUCUACCAACCAUUUCAGUGAAGCAUAUUGUAUUUAUAGCACGUCCUAAACUUGUCUUAAUGGACUUAGUAGCUGAUUACAUUCAAUCUCUCAGAACAAAACAAAAUUCUCCUGUUGAAUUCCACUUAUUCUUUGUGCCGAGGAAGAGUGAAUUGUGUGAGAAAACAUUGAAGGACAGAGCUGUAUUCUCUUAUUUAUCAAUCCAAGAGUUUAAAUGUGACAUCUUUCCAUUUGACAGUGAUGUUAUGUCAUUAGAACUACAAAAUGAUUUUAGAGAAUUCUAUUUGGAAGGUGAUCCAACUUGCCUGUACAAUGCAGCGCAAGCAUUACGCACCAUUCAACAUUUAUAUGGCAUAAUUCCUAGAGUUUUCGGCAAAGGCCCCGCUGCCAAACAGGUAUGGGAUCUUUUUUGCCGUCUUAACAAAGAGGAUCAAGGUUCUCCCCCAAAGGGCUCGACUACCUCCUGCAUUGACCAGCUGUUAUUGAUUGAUCGUGCAAUCGACUUCACCAGUAUUAUGGCCACGCAGCUCACUUACGAAGGCCUUAUAGAUGAGAUUUUCGGUAUAAAAAGUUCGACGGCUACUUUCCCCGGCGAGAGGUUUGUUAGUGCGGAUGACGCGACGCCCGAAGUUACAGCUAGAGAGAAGAAGCGAGUAGUACUCAACUCUAGUGAGGAAUUGUUCGCUGAAUUGCGCGACUGUAGCUUCACUGUGGUGGGUGCGGCGUUGUCUAAGAAGGCUCACGUGAUAAAGACUCAGCUGGAGGAGCGGCACCAGGAGAGGUCGGUGCAGGAGAUCAAGCAGUUCGUUGCGCGACUUCCGCAGAUGCUAGCAAACAAACAAUCCCUUGCAACACACACCGCAAUUGCAGAGUAUCUUAAAGAGACAACAGAUUCAUUUGAAUUUCAUGACACUAUACAAUGCGAGGAGGACUUUCUGAACUGUGUCGACAAUGAAAAGGCGUGCCCUUUCAUUGAAGAUUUAAUCGCCCAAAAGGCUUCAUUGACUAAGGUACUAAGAUUGAUAUGCCUGCAAUGUGCUACCGGGUCUGGUCUGAAGCCUAAACUUCUGGAGUACUACAAGCGGGAACUAGUCCAGGUGUACGGCUUGAAGACUUGGCUGACGCUCUGCAACCUGGAGAAGUGCGGCUUGCUGCGUCCUCAGACCGGCACAAGACAAUAUGCGGUGCUGAGGAAGGCUUUACAUCUAACAUUGAACGAAUCAGAAAUGGACGCUAGCGAGAAGGGAUACUUGUCAAGUAAAUAUAUACCUUUAGCUGUGAGACUUAGCGAACAGAUUACUAAAAACAAAUCUUGGACUGGUAUAGCAGAUGUAUUAACAUUAUUACCAGGCAGUACAGUCGAUGAACUUCAAACUUUACAACCGCGAAUGACACGUAGAAACUCCAUUUCGAGUGAAAAUUCUUCAUCACUAGAGAAUCCGAGAGUUAUUCUUGUUUUUUUCAUCGGUGGUUGUACAUACAAUGAGAUAUCAGCAUUAAGAAAUAUAAGUCAACAAGAAGAAUCUAACGUUGAAUAUGUUGUGUUGACGACUAAAUUAAUCAAUGGCAACACAUUCAUUGAAUCUUUAAUGGAAAAUGAAUAAUUUGAUA